AUGCAAAAAGAAUUGUUUGAAGAACUUAUCGGUGUCAUAGCGACAUUAAGAAGUGAGAAUGGGUGUCCGUGGGAUCGGGAGCAGACACAUGAAACGCUGAAAUCCACACUCAUUGAGGAAACCUAUGAAACGCUUGAAGCGAUCGAUGCAGGCGACCCGAAAAAAUUGAAAGAGGAAUUGGGCGAUCUCCUGCUGAACAUCAUGCUCCAAGCACAGAUCGCAGCAGAACAUAAGGAUUUUGACAUUUACGCCGUGAUCGAAACACUAACAGAGAAACUCAUUCGGCGACAUCCGCAUGUCUUUGGCGAUGUCACUGUUGAGGAUUCAGACGAAGUUGUGAAAAACUGGGAAGAGAUUAAACGCCAGGAGGCAGGCUACGAAGACCGGAAAUCAGUACUUGACGGGAUUCCGGAUGCGCUUCCAAUGUUGCUCCGUGCCCAGAAGAUACAGAAUCGAGCCGCGCGUGUCGGUUUCGACUGGGAUAAACUCACCGAUGUCAUCGCCAAAGUUGACGAAGAACUCGAAGAGGUUAAGGCAAGUAUCAGCGCAGAUAAACCAGAAGCAAUUUCGAUGGAAAUCGGAGAUCUGUUCUUUGCCGUCGUCAAUCUGUGUCGCUUUAUGGAGAUCCAAGCCGAAGAAACAUUGCGAGGGGCGAACCGUAAGUUUAUGACCCGCUUUAAAUGGAUGGAAGCAGAAUUAGAACGCCGCGGCACAAAUUUUGAAGCACAAGACUUAGAGAGUCUCGAUGCAAUCUGGGAAGAAGCGAAAAAAGCGGAAGUUGACACGGAUUAA